AUGGAGAAAUCUGCACUGCUGCUGUUUUGUUGCCUGGUCAUGUCUUUAUCAGGCUCCCCGCUCUACCACCCAUCCAUUAGGUUCGGCCAGAGGGAUACAUCCAUCCUGAUGACAUCUUCUAUAAAGAAUCCAGCAGAGCAGCUGGAGGAAGACACGAGCCCCCCCAGGGAGCGAGCAGAGUUACGCUCAGGACGCCACGCUGAUGCCAUCUUUACAAACAGUUACAGGAAAGUCCUGGGCCAAAUCUCUGCCAGGAAGUUCCUUCAGACGAUCAUGGGCAAACGGCUGGGAGAUGAAAGCUACAUGAAACGUCAGUCGGAUAUUUAUGAAGGGACCUAUAAAGAAGACCUUACAUCCAUCCAGAGCAACCAGAGAUACAGAGGUGUGCACGGGGAUGUCACGAGGUCAAGGCUGCUGAGUUGA